AUGCCUGCACCCGAAGCAUAUGGGACACUGAACGACUUGGUCUUUCCUCCUCCCGAGCAGUUCCUCAUGCAUGCACCCGAAGCAUAUGGGACACUGAACGACUUGGGCUUUCCUCCUUCCGAGCAGUUCCUCAUGCAGGCACCUGAAGCAGCUGAGACACUGAACGACUUAGAUUUCCCUCCUCCUGAGCAAUUCCUCAUGUAG